UCACUGGCUCACUGAAUUGAGUGUUUUACAUGCUCGUCUCCUCAAAACUAGAGGACGCCUGGUCUCUCUACCUCUGGCAACCCUGGCCCCAUCACAGCCAGCACAGGAACCCACGCCUGCCCCAAGGGUAGAGGGAGGAGCCGAUGGCCCAGGGACACUGGGGUAGGCAGGAAGAGCCUCAGAGAGGAAGGGGUGACCCCCCCACACACUUUGGGGAGGGGCCCCCAGUGAGUUGCUGAAGCUGUGGCUGAGGAGGAAGUGAGAGGAGGAGGUGAGGUGCAGCAGGAAGCUGUUACAUUGCGGGUCUGCGACAGCAUGGCCCAGUCCCUGGGUGAGGACCUGGUGCAGGAUGACUCCAGCUCUUUGGGUUCUGACUCAGAGCUGAGUGGCCAAGGCCCAUAUCGCCAGGCUGACCGCUAUGGCUUCAUUGGGGGCAGCUCAGCAGAGCCAGGGCCAGGUCACCCUCCCGCAGACCUUAUCCGGCAGAGGGAGAUGAAGUGGGUGGAGAUGACUUCACACUGGGAGAAAACCAUGUCUCGCCGGUACAAGAAGGUAAAGAUGCAGUGCCGGAAAGGCAUCCCCUCAGCCCUGCGUGCCCGGUGCUGGCCCCUGCUGUGCGGGGCUCACGUGUAUCAGGAGAACAACCCUGACACCUACCAGGAACUGGCUAAGGCCCCAGGAGAUCCGCAGUGGAUGGAGACCAUCAGCAGGGACCUGCACCGCCAGUUCCCACUGCACGAGAUGUUUGUGUCACCCCAGGGGCACGGGCAGCAGGGGCUCCUGCAGGUACUCAAGGCCUACACCCUCUAUCGGCCGGAACAGGGCUACUGCCAGGCCCAGGGCCCUGUGGCUGCUGUGCUGCUCAUGCAUCUGCCCCCUGAGGAGGCCUUCUGGUGCCUGGUGCAGAUCUGCGAGCUUUACCUGCCCGGCUACUAUGGGCCCCACAUGGAGUCUGUGAGGCUGGACGCCGAGGUGUUCAUGGCCCUGCUGCGGCGGCUGCUCCCACGCGUGCACAAGCACCUGCAGCAGGUGGGCGUCGGCCCCCUGCUCUACCUGCCCGAGUGGUUCCUGUGCCUCUUCGCCCGCUCCCUGCCCUUCCCCACCGUGCUGCGUGUCUGGGACGCCUUCCUCAGUGAGGGUGUGAAGGUGCUGUUCCGUGUGGGGCUGACGCUGGUACGCCUGGCGCUGGGCACCGCAGAACAGCGCCUGGCCUGCCCGGGGCUCCUGGAGACACUCGGUGCCCUUCGAGCCAUCCCCCCCGCCCAACUGCAGGAGGAGGUCUUCAUGUCCCAGGUGCACAGCGUGGCCCUGUCGGAGCAGGACCUGCAGCGGGAGAUCAAGGCCCAGCUGGCCCAGCUGCCAGAGUCGACUUCCGGGCCACCUCCUCGGCCAAAGGCCCGCCUGGCCGGGGCCCAAGCCAUCUUUGAGGCCCAGCAGCUGGCCCGGGCGCGGGGCGGCACCAGGCCUGAGGUGCCCCGCAUCGUCGUGCAGCCCCCAGACGAGCCCAGGCCACCGCGGCGCAAGCCCCAGACCCGAGGCAAGACUUUCCAUGGGUUCCUGACUUGGUCCAAGGGCCCCCCUCUGACGGGCCCCCCCAGGUCCCAUCGAAGCUCCACCUCCUUCUCGGACACCCGAUUUUGAAGGCCCCACUUCUGAGGGUACCAUGGACUCAGUGUCCCCCAACCUCAGUGACCUGAAUGGCUGAUGCCAGCCUCACAAAUGGGCACCGCACUUUAUCGCUGGGAUUUAGGGGCUCAGCCGCCUUCUCCCUGUCCAUCCGCCAAGGGUAGUAAAUGAACCAGGAGGCAUCGGCUAGAAAUAAAUGAUUAGGAUUUAUUCAUAGUUCUUAGUGUUUGCAAACCCCGAACAUGACUGGGCAACACCCGGUGUCCGGGUGAAGAGGAGCCGAGAGCUGUGCGGAAAGCACCUCCCUGCGCGGCCGGAGAAGCGCUCUCCCGGGCGGCAGGCAGGCAGCAGGCGAACAUUCUUUCCUCAGUUCCUCAUUUUCCAUAAGUCCUACCUAUAGGCAUCUCCAGGCAGUGACGCACAACUGAGGAGCUCAGAAGUUCAACUCCUCAGGCUAAUUAAAGUGAAUAAAGUACUUUUCCCCA